GGCUACUCCAUGAACAUUUGGGGAGAGGGCACCCAACGUGCGUUUCUGUAAAAGAUGCAGUAAUGCCGGUUUAAUCAGACCAUAAAUAGCUUUAAUUGAUUUUUAACGCUGAAGUUGCGGCCAUAUUCCUUUAGUAUGUAUUAAAACAUGCAUGUAAGCUCCCGAAUGGAUAUAAAUACCUCUUUAUAGGCCAGAUGUAACAGAGAGGAGUAAGAUCAAAAGAUAUCAGGAAAUGUCAGUGCGAAGAUGCAAUAGAUUUAUGCUGUCUAAAGAAGGCUGAGAGUGUAUCUGUGUCACAAGCCGUACACAAACCCCACUGUCACAAAACAAGACAAAACAAAACAAAACAAAACAGCACGGACACAAGGCAGUGAAGACGCGUUUUCUGGGCAGUUAACGGGAGCGGACACGCCUCCUUUCCAUUUUUGUUAUCAGCUUCCCUAUGGAUUUUUUUUGAUUGAUUGACGCCGGAUUGGAUACAACUGAUAUGGAGGCUACAGAGAACUCCUCUGCACCGGAAACGGUCGAGAGCAAGUACUUCGAUUUAGAAGCCCUGCCUCGCGAGAUCCUGCUCUUAAUCAUCUCCUACAUUCCUACCAAGACGCUAAUUGCCAUGCGCACUCUAUCGCACUUCUGGCAAGAGUUCCUACAGAAUACUAUUUUGCGCGAAUUUGAGUUCCUCAGAGAUGGGACAACAGCUGGCGACGAUACUGUCGCGUACUUCGAAAAGAAGGCACCGGAGAUCGUGUGCCUGGAGCUCAUAGCUCUACACCAGAGCACCAAAAAGUGGUACGAGAUAUAUUUCUCCUUGCCGCGCUUCCUUGCCUGCUACGAUUCAAUGAAGUACGAGUUGAUGGAGAGAAAGAAGUUGAUGGAGAGAAAGAAACGUAAUCCGUCAGAUCUGCUAAAUACUAGACGGAGAUUCACGUCUCUUGACUUCAAGAACGUCGCUUACUGGGUUACUCAACAGAUUGUGGAGAACGAGCCGGAUUUCUAUUUUCCCCCUACCAAUUUGCUCCUGCGUACGUGGGAUCCUGCAGUUUGGGGAUGCGAGAGCAGUACAGAUCAAUAUGCUUGUAGAUUAGCAUGGGAGCUUUUGAGAAGCGUGCAGUCGUUUUACGUGCCGCUGGACAAGAUGGUGGCGUUUCUACGCGCAACAGUCGAGAAGGGAGAGGAGAAACUAGAUUUGGAGUGCUUAGGGCUGUUUUCUCAGUCAGGAUCACCGGUUACUAUUGAGAUCAAGGAACUCAGGCUUGGUCAGCUGUUUAAUAACCUACGUGUACUCAUCAUCAAUGAAUCCGAAGAUGAGUAUAGCUGCUCUCCACCUCGUCCUCGCCACGAGAUUUCUCAGAAUGGAUUGGUCCAGCUUCUUAAGGGCAUGGAAGGACUGGAGGAACUUGUAUUAUGUGACUUUUACGUGUCGUCUGAUGAAGACAAUGGGCAGGAAUCGCUAGAGAUAUCUUACAUCCAGACUGUUGAUUUCUCCGGGACCGAGUUUGCGGGCGGUUUCCCGUUACUGGGUGAUUACUGCAAAUGCAUCACGCUCCGCCGGUCGCCUCAUCUCGCAAAUUUACUCCAGGCUGGAAGUGAGGACGGAUGUGUUCUUCAAUAUGCAUCGUUCCUCGACCUUAGCGACAACUGCGAGAUCACUGCUGCGAUGCUUUUAAUGGGUUUAAGAAACUCCUCGGGGGACACAUUAAUACUUAGGCUGAGGAAUUGCUCCAAACUUGAGUUUUCGCCCCAGUUGCUUAAGAGGCUGAUGCUGAGCAGUUGCGUGAUCGACCUGGGCCAAAACAAAGCGUUCACAGAUGACACUUUAUCUGACUUGAUUAAGCUAUCACCUGACUUGAUUGAGCUAUUACCUGCUUUUAAGCCGCGGGAUUGUGAGACGGACUGGCAUAUCAACGUCAGUCAGACGUCGGUGUCUGAGAAAGCAUACAAGCGGUGGUUAAUGCCGGAUAUGUGGCAGCAUAACAUUACGCGACUGUACUGGUGGGGGCGUGGCGGAACCUCUGAAGAAAAGAAAUGGAAGGAGGAAUCAAGCUCGACGAACUUCAAGCCUAGCCACGAAUAUUGUAACCUGUGCAGACCAGUGCAGACCCGUUCACGCAGAGGCACAUUCUCCUGAGACUCUUUAUAUGGGCUGCACUGAUCUUCCUUGCAGUGAAUACUGGAGACUUGACUACUGGUAGUGAGUCGCUCGAUAUAUGGUUUGAAUCGCAUGGCGGGACGACAAUAUGGGCGCGAAUCGGACUCGCGUCUGCCGGGGCGGGUAAAAUGUCACUAUAACUGUAACUGGAAGUGGAAAGAAUAUGUAUAGGCUCGAGUAUGUGAUGCAGAGGAGAUAAUAGAUAAAUGAGUUACAUGGUGUCGUUAUGCGGGCUCGAAGACUGAGAGCGCGCCUUUGUCCCAAACCCUAGUACCCUUCACCUUACUUGUCUAGUUAUUCAGAGCGAGAGGGGAGUCCUGAUGAAAGCGAUAGCUUAGAUGCAAAGACUAAGUUGGGAGGUGGCGUGAAAGGAGGCUAUCAAG